UUUUUCUGCACAAUUGAAUUUUAAACCUGCUGUGCUUCACUGCAUCUGGGUGAGAAAUAACAAAAAACAAAACAUUGACCUCCAUGGUUUCUGCCCAUCUCAAAAAGCUAUCAUCUUACAUUAUUAAGAUUUGUAAAGGAAUGUUUACAAAGAAAUUGGCGAAUACCACAAAGAAGAAAGAGAGCAGUGAAACUAAAAAAGAACCAAAACUUACCCCAGAACUGCAUGAUCGGAAUCCAACAUUAUCCACGGCUCUAAAAAGCACAGUGAAAAAAAUAUCCAAAUGCUCAUCUGCACGCAACAUUUCUCUUGAAGAAGACGACGGAAAAAACGACUGCUCAUCUCUUUCGCCAACAUUCAGUUACCGUGUAGCCAUCGCUAACGGGCUACAAAAAAACGCUCUCUUGAACAAUAAUGAAAAUAUAUUUCACGAGGUCUUGUCCAUCGACAGCAGUUACUCUGACUCUCUAAACGAGGCCAAACUCGUCCAUAGAUUCGAUGAACAAAAAGCCUACACCAUGCCAGUGAGACGAAACAGAAAGAGCCUAAUCAGUCUGGCACCGUCAGAUGGGAGCUCAGAAGGCGAGCGUACCGAGCGCACCAGCUUGCAUACCCUUCGGUUGGGCGCGCUGCGCAAGCUGAGGAAAUGGAAGAAGAGUCAAGAGUGCGUCUCAUCCGACUCAGAGGUGAGCAACUGGAGGAAGACGCUGGGCAUCAGGAGCAAGUCUCUGGACCGGGCCGGGCGUCAGCACAAGGCCACCACCCUGGAGCCUGGCUCCAGCUCCACGGGCUGCAUCAGCCAGACCCAGGAUGUCAUGGAGAUGAUCUUCAAGGAGCUGCAGGGCAUCAGCCAGAUUGAGACCGAGCUCUCUGAGCUGCGUGGCCAUGUCAACGCGCUCAAGAGCUCCAUCGACGAGAUCUCCAGCAGCGUGGAGGUGGUGCAGACCGAGAUCGAGCAACUCCGCUCCGGCUUCGUCCAGUCGCGGCGGGAGACGCGUGACAUACACGACUACAUCAAGCAGAUCAGUCAUCAGACCAACAAAUCGACGCUGAGAUUUCUAAACGUGCCUGAGGACAAGUUUGAAAAAACAGAUGAUCUCAUUUAUCAGAUCCUAAAGGAGAAAAUGGGUUUUGCUGAAGCACAUAAGACACUAAAAAUCGAACUGGCCCAUAGAUUAGGGCAUCAAAGAGAAUGUUCCAGUGCAAAACCUCGCCCUAUUAUAGUUAUUUUUUCAUCCCCACAAGACAGGGAUUUAGUUUUAAAAAAGAGCUAUAAACUUAAAGGAACAGGUAUAUCGAUCUCCACCGAUGGCUUUGGCCAAGAGUCGAAGGAAAAGAAAGAGAAAGGGAUCAGCUCCUCACAGACAUAUGAGAGCAUGGACAUAAAAGUGUCAACUAAGGACAAAGCAAUGACAGAGAGCGAUGACUGGGACUCGAUGGAAAGUGACAAGGAACUAGAUGAACUUAGCAAAAACAAAUAUGCAAUGGUCAAUAAGCCAGUCCAAAAAAGUAAGUCGGACAGAAAAAGCCGCCAUGAAGACGCAUCAUAUGGCUGCUCGGUCCAUUACGCAGACGACAGCUACGAUGACCAGGACAAGCAGGGCAAGCCUUACUAUUCAGACGGAGCCCCCGGCUGGCUUUCGCAAAGCGACUACUCCACACCCAAACUCAGCCGCUCGGAGUCAGACUGCUCCAAGCUGUGCCAGUCUUACUCAGAGGACUUCUCAGAGAGCCAGUACCUCACCAGAAUCAAUGGAUCCUCUCUCCUCUCUUCCUCAGAUCAGGAACUGUGGCAACGAAAGCAGGAGGACAUGGCCUCAGCCUGGUACGCAAGUCCCACCGGCGAGGCCUUGAGUCAGGAGAACACUCAGUAUGUAGAGCGUAACGAAGUGGAGACGACUGACACCAUAGACAGUGGUGUGAGCAAUGGGCUGGUGUGCAUAUCAGGGGACCGUAGCCACUACAGUGGGUCGCAGGUCUCUCUGCAGGGAGAUCUCUCUCCCUGGAAGGACUGGCACCACUUAGAACAAGGUGCCGACUCAGGCCUCGACGCCUCCGCAGACCAUAAUAUAAUUUCUGAGGUUAGCAGCCCCUUUGACCCGGCAGCCAAUCCUGGCUUCCCUGUGAACAUCACAAAAUGUCUGGAGGUGGAUUUGCAGUUUGAGGGCGAGAGUUACAUGACACUGGACAGUACCCCCUCCACGGAGCCUGUGGUAGACAGUGACGUUGCCAUUGAAAGCGAGCUGAUGGAAAGUGAACCAGUGGCAGAGGUCAAACCAAUGGUAGAGGUCAAGCCAAUGGUAGAGGUCAAACAAGUGAAGGAAAGCAGAACUGUUAGAGAGAGCAGACCGAAGAAAGAGAGUAAGCCUGCCAGAGAGAGCAAACCAGUCAAAGAGGCUCCACCAAUUAAAGAUAAGAAGAUAACAAAGGAAAUCAAACCAGUUAACGAAACUAGACCAGUUAAAGAAACUAAACCAGGUAAAGAAACCAAGCCUAUUCCUGAGAGCAAACCACUGGUGGAGAGUAAGCCGGUAGUUCAAAAUGAGCCAGUUGUGCAAAGCAAACCUGUGGUAGAGAGCAAACCAGUUGUGCAAAGCAAACCUGUAGUAGAGAGCAAACCAGUUGUGCAAAGCAAACCUGUAGUAGAGAGCAAACCAGUUGUGCAAAGCAAGCCUGUAGUAGAGAGCAAACCAGUUGUGCAAAGCAAACCUGUGGUAGAAAGCAAAACUCAACCACCACAAACCAAACCUGAAGUAGAGAGCAAACCUGUGGUAGACAGCAAAACUCUGCCACCACAAACUAAACCUGCAGCUGAAAGCAAACCUGUGGUAGACAGCAAAACUCUGCCACCACAAACUAAACUUGCAAACAAAAGCAAACCUGUGGUGGAACCCAAAAGCAUCACUCCACCACAGCCUCUACCAAGCCAACAGUUCAAAGAAGUUAAUGUUAAUCACUUUCAACAAAAUCCAAAAGGCUCUCCAAUGUACCGCAGUCAAAGUGAAAUCAGGACCGAAAAUGUGGAAGAGGUACCCAAAUCCUGGAGCAGUAGGCUUAGUAUAGACCUCAGCGAGAAAUCCUCCUUUGGUUUUGGUUUUGGCAACACCCUGCAGAGAGCCAAAUCUGCGUUGGAAGUAGUCUGGAACAAAGGCUCUACCACCAGCACCACCAGCGCUCCCACGGAGGAACCCGCUAGCUCCUCCUCGUUUUUAGGCCGAUUCCGGUCCAAUUCCCAGUCCACAGUCAACGACUCCAGCACCACGAUAGACUCGGACGUGUACGCGGACUCGUUCUACUACAAGGCGGACGAUGAGGCGGAGCAGGCCACGGAGCAGCCCGUGGACAAUGAGACACAUUAUGUGGAGGUGAUGGAACAGGUGUUGGCUAAUCUAGAAAACAGAACCAAUGCUAAUGAGACGGGGGAGGAGGAGGAGUAUGGGACAGAGCAAUAUCAAGAAGGACAAGCACAGGAACAAGAGCAAGAACAAGAAGCCGACCAGGAAGAGGAGGCCCCUCAGGACUACGACAUGCCACAAGAGAACAUUGUUCUAGAAUACGACUGUAGCCUCGACGACCAAUAUGAGGAAGAAUACGUUGAGGAAUAUGACGAAAACCAAGUGACCGAGGACACUGAGGAGUAUGAUGCCAUGGUGGAGUACAUUGAUGUGACCGAGGAUGCGGACGACAAUGAGGAGACAGAGGACAUAGACGAGGUUGAGGAGGUAGAGGAGAUCGAGGACACUGAGGUGGUAGAGGAAGCCAUUGAGGCUACUGAGAAAGAGGCCAUUAAAGAAAAUGUGGAACAGCAAGAGGAUGAAAACAAAAACAUACCUGAGACUACACCUGCUCAACCCCCAGCCGAAGCCCCGCCCAAGAAGAGAGUUCGUCCAACCUUCAAAGAGGCUGCACUGAGGGCGUACCGGAAGCAAAUGGAUGAGCUGCAGCAACAAAUCCUUGCAGGAGAUAGCAAUGCGUUGGAUUCACAGCCACACCUGGCUCCAUCUAUUUUGGGUGUUUACACUAAAUCUGUCUGCUCUUGCAGGGCUGGCAGCAUACUUUAUGGUAUUGACAGCAUGCCUGAUUUGCGGCGCAAGAGGACCAUGCCCAUUGUCCGAGACCUGGCCUUGACUUUGGCUGCUCGAAAGGCAGGCAUAUCGUUCGCCCUGGUGAGCAGAUCAACUCUGAACAACGAGGAUCUGAAACUCCAUGUGCUGAGGAAGACUUUGCAGGCCUUAAUCUACCCGAUCUCUUCCACCACACCUCACAACUUUGAGGUGUGGACGGCGACGGCGCCCACAUACUGCCAUGAGUGUGAGGGGCUGCUGUGGGGCAUCGCGCGCCAGGGCAUGCGCUGCUCUGAGUGCAGUGUCAAAUGCCACGAGAAGUGCCAGGACCUCCUUAAUGCAGACUGCCUACAGAGGGCGGUGGAGAAGAGCUCCAAGCACGGAGCCGAGGACAAGACCCAGAACAUCAUCAUGGCCAUGAAGGAGCGCAUGAAGAUCCGGGAGAAGAACCGGCCCGAGGUGUUCGAGGUCAUCCAGGAGAUGUUCGAGAUGUCCAAGGAGGACUUCGGCACGCACCUGAAGACGGCCAAGCAGGCCGUGCUGGAAGGAACCUCCAAGUGGUCUGCCAAGAUCGACAUCACAGUUGUCUGUGCCCAGGGUCUGCAGGCCAAGGACAAGACCGGCUCCAGUGACCCCUACGUGACCGUGCAGGUGGGGAAGACCAAGCGCAGGACCAAGACCAUAUUCGGAAACCUCAACCCUGUCUGGGACGAGAAAUUCUUUUUUGAAUGCCACAAUGCGACGGACCGGAUCAAGGUGAGGGUCUGGGAUGAAGAUGACGACCUCACGUCUCGGGUCAAGCAGCACUUCAAGAGGGAGAGCGACGACUUCCUGGGCCAGACCAUCAUCGAGGUGCGCAUGCUCAGCGGAGAGAUGGACGUCUGGUACAACCUCGAUAAAAGAACAGACAAAUCUAUGGUGUCGGGCGCCAUCAGGCUGAAGAUCAGUGUGGAGAUGAAAGGGGAAGAAAAGGUGGCUCCGCCCCAUGGCCAGUACACUUGUUUACACGAGAACCUGUUCCACUACCUGACGGAGGUGAAGAAUGGAGGAGCUGUGAAGAUCCCGGAGGUGAAAGGUGACGAGGCGUGGAAGGUCUACUUUGACGACGUCUCCCAGGAGAUAGUGGACGAGUUUGCCAUGCGCUUUGGUGUUGAGUCUAUCUACCAGGCCAUGACUCACUUCUCCUGUCUGUCUGGGAAGUACAUGUGUCCAGGCGUUCCCGCGGUGAUGAGCAACCUCUUGGCCAACAUCAACGCCUACUUCGCCCACACCACCACCGCCACCACCAACAUCUCCGCCUCUGACCGCUUCGCCGCAUCCAACUUUGGGAGAGAGAAGUUUGUGAAGCUCCUGGAUCAGUUGCACAACUCUCUGAGGAUCGAUCUGUCAAAGUAUCGGGAUAACUUCCCAGCCGGCAACCCUGAGCGCCUGCAGGACCUCAAGUCCACAGUGGACCUGUUAACCAGCAUCACCUUCUUCCGGAUGAAGGUGCAGGAGCUACAGAGCCCUCCUCGUGCCAGCAUGGUGGUGAAGGACUGUGUGCGCGCAUGCCUGGACUCCACAUACAAAUACAUAUUCGACAAUUGCCACGAACUCUACAACUCCAUGCUCGAUCAGGGCAAGAAACAGGACCUUCCUCGCGAAGAGCAGGGACCCUCCGUCAAGAACCUGGACUUCUGGCCCAAACUCAUCACACUCAUGGUGACUGUGAUCGAUGAGGACCGCACUGGAUACACACCCGUACUCAACCAGUUUCCCCAGGAGCUCAACAUGGGACAAAUCAGCUCUGAGAUUAUGUGGAAUCUGUUUGCCCUGGAUAUGAAGUAUGCAAUGGAAGAGCACGAUAAGCAUCGCCUAUGCAAGAGUACGGAGUACAUGAAUCUGCAUUUCAAAGUGAAAUGGUUCUAUAAUGAGUACGUGAGAGAUCUGCCGGCCUUCAAGGGGAUCCCACCGGAAUAUUCCCUGUGGUUCGAGCCAUUCGUCAUCCAGUGGCUAGAUGAGAACGAGGAUGUGGCAAUGGACUUCCUCAACGGAGCCCUCGAGAGGGACAAGAAAGAUGGAUUCCAGGUGACGUCCGAGCACGCUCUGUUCUCCUGCUCCGUGGUGGACGUGUUCACGCAGCUCAAUCAGAGCUUCGAGAUCAUCAAGAAGCUGGAGUGCCCCAACCCGCACGCCCUCGCACACUUCAUGCGCAGAUUUGCAAAUACCAUCAACAAAGUUCUUGUGCAAUAUGCUGCAAUCAUAUCCAAGGACUUCCCGCAGUAUCUGAGCAAAGAGAAAGUGCCCUGUAUCCUGCUCAACAAUAUCCAGCAGCUCCGGGUGCAGCUGGAGAAGAUGUUUGAGUCCAUGGGAGGGAAACAGGAGGAAGGGGUGGUGGCCUUCUGUAAGUUGGAUGCUGAGGCCAGUGAACUGCUGAAGGAGCUGCAGAACAAGCUCAACACCGUACUGGACCAGCUGAGUGCGGUCUUUGGCUCCAGUUUUAAGCCUGUGAUCGAGGACUGUGUGAAGCAGAUGAAUCAGGAGCUGGUGCAGAUGAAGGGGAACAAGAGCAACGCUGCCAUGGACGCAGAGACUGUACUGAGGCCUCUCAUGGACCUAUUGGAUAAGAACUUGAUGCUGUUUGCGAAGAUCUGCGAGAAGACGGUUCUAAAGAGGGUUCUAAAGGAGCUCUGGAAGAUCGUGCUGAAUACCAUCGAGAGGCAGAUCGUCCUGCCUCCCCUGACGGACCAGUCGCAAGGGGCACAGAUGAUAUUUAGUGCUGCAAAGGACCUGGGCCAAUUAUCCAAACUCAAGGAACAUGUGAUCCGUGAUGAGGCUCGUAGCCUGACACCGCGCCAGUGUGCAGCCAUGGAUUUAGUGCUUCCUACCAUCAAGCAAUACUUCCACGCGGGUGGUAAUGGUCUUAAGAAGACAUUCCUUGAGAAGAGUCCUGAUCUGAAGUCCUUGAAGUAUGCUCUCAGCCUUUACACUCAACCCACAGAUGCCUUGAUCAAGAAAUAUAUAUGCACCCAGACCUCCCAAGGUCAGUCUGCCGCCGGAUCGGUGGGGGAGGUGUCCAUGCAAGUGGAUCUCAUCUCUCAUCCAGGCACCGGGGAGCACAAAGUCAGCGUGAAGGUGGUGGGAGUGAACAACCUCGCCUGGAAGACCAACGCCAUGUUCAGGCCGUUUGUGGAAGUCAACGCCAUCGGCCCGCAGCUGGCUGACAAGAAGCGCAAGUUCAGCACUAAAACCAAGAACAACAACUGGUCAGCAAAGUACAAUGAAACAUUCCAAUAUGUACUGAGCAAUGAGCAUGGUCCUGAGCACUACGAGCUGCACGUCUCAGUGAAGGACUACUGCUUUGCGCGGGAGGACCGCAUCAUCGGCUUGACCGUGAUCCCGCUGCGGGAGCUGGCUGACAAGGGAAGCCUGCCGGUCCUCUGCCCGCUGGUCAAGAACGUCAACAUGGACGAGACGGGACUCACCAUCAUGCGGAUACUCUCCCAGAGGACCAACGACGAGGUCGCCAAGGAGUUUGUGCGUCUGAAGUCCGACACGCGGUCCGCUGAGGAAGUGGCGGCGGCCGACGUGAAAAAAUGAAUCAAAUCAGAUCAAAUCAAAAAUCCAAUCAAAUCGGGAUAAAACAUGCAGCGACGGAAAAAAGCAAGCGGGUAGUGGAGGGAUAAAGACGCAUCUAGCCUAUCCCAGCCAGCUGGCCCAAGGAGUUGUGUUGUUUGUUUUUGUGCAUGUGCGUAAAACAUCUGUUGGAAUGUUCAUUUUAAACUACAGUACGUACAAGUGUUUACCUAAUGUAUGCUCACUAUUAAGUACUAUAUUCUAUAAGUUACGUUCAAAGGGACAUUGAGUACAUUUUUGUAAGACUAUUAGUCUUUUUGAACAGAGAUUUGUUCAGAUGAAGUGCCAAACCAGAGUUUAAAAAAGUAAACUAAAACAGAGAUAUAAAAAACUAUGGUGAACUUGGUAUCUUUUUGAGAAAAAAAACUUGCUUGAUUUGUCCGGUGUAUAAUCAUUCUCUUUGGCUGUGUAGCGUUUUACUCGUUGAGUCCCUCCAUUUGCACCAGUUUGUUACACACAUUCCUUCUGACACGCUUACACACACACACACACACACACACUGACACACACACACACACACACACACACACACACUGGUUGUGCAUGUCCUGUGUUGGACCAUGUCUCUCCCAUGAGCUCACAGUGGCCAUGGCAACGGUCAGAGUUCCAAGGUCGUGAUCCUGUGCCCUCCGGUUUGUAUUUCAGAGUCAAUCCCUUCAGAAAAAAAGAGACAUUUUUUUUAACGGCGAUGACUGCUACUUCAGACUUCAUAGGUGUUUGUAAUUUUAUAAUCAUUGACAACAAUGAAGACAGCCUCCUGUGCUAUCAGUUGAAAAGGAAAGUUUGAAGCAGUGUUUACUUUAAUGACAUAUUUUAUUUACUUACUUAUUUAUUUAUUUUUGUUCAGUCAUUGGCUUCCAGCCCUUCUGAAUAAUCACUGUGAACACAAGCUUUGGAAGGCGGGUGGCUUACCUAACAUUGCAGACGGUUUGAUAUUGUCGUUUCAUAUAGGAAAUACCUUUGUUCCUCAGAAACUGCCAAAGUUAUAUAAAAUGUUUGUACAAAAAAGCAAUCCAUUACCUGUAUGAAAAAAAACUAUAUAUGUACAUGUGCUAUAAGGAUUUUUCUUUUCUUUUUUCAAUGCUACAUAUCUAAAUAGUGAUGGGGUGAUUUAUAAAAGUUUUAUUUUGGAGAGUUCUGUGAAGCUGUUAAACCAAUCUGAGAGUUGUAAAUGUUGCUUUACAUACGAGUGAUAUCAGCUUCUGUCAUUUCAUUUAUUUUUCUUUACAAUGGAAAGAGUUUAACGUUUGGUAAUUAUGCAACAUUCCUAUGUAUUGCACUGAUGGCGAAUUGUAUGUCAUGUAAAUAUACUUAGUGAUAAAUUGUA